AUGGAUCUUGUCGUGACGGUCACAAGUAAGGGGGUCAUGGAUGUUUGGAGAUUAAACGGUCAGAGAGUCUUUGGUUCAAACUUCUGCAAAGAUGAGGAUGAAGGUGACGACGAGGAAGGGCAUUCGGCCCCCGAGAAAGGCGAUGGAGGAAAUGUGAGGGCCGUUGCAUGGAGGAGGGACGGCCAAAUACUUGCGAUUGCCUGCGCGGAUGGCAGCCUAUCCCUCAUAAAUUCCUUCACGGGCAAAAUUUCUCAUCGAAUAUUCAGUCAGAAUCAGAAACCCGCAACUUCACCUUCACUACAGCCGUCGGUACAGACGCAGACUCGACGGCAGAGUUCUAGAAUCUCCCCUCUCCCGACUGCUCAGGCCACCUCCGGCCGACCAACCGUCACAGCCCUCUGCUGGACUACGCACUUGGUCGAUCCCUCCCCCACCACCAUCCGCUCUCACCUCAAUGCGCCGAAUUCCACACUCUCACUCGAUCAAAUUCUAAACCUCCGCGCUGACGUAGAUAGACUUCUCCCAUUGAAAGCCGAUCUGCCCCGCGAACUGAGCGCCAUCGACGUGGAAGUAUCCCUGCCCAGGCUCGCGACGCUACCCCCCACGGGUCUGACUGCGGAUGACGAUGUGUUCAGUACGCGGAGCAGUGUGGACGUUGUAUUUCAUGGAGGCGGCAGUAACGGCUCUGCCGGGUCUGGAGGUGUCGACGCCCUGCUCGUCGGACUAAGUGAUGAAUCUGGCGGAUGUAUGGUUCAGCUGAGGAUUUUUGAUUCCUUCGAUGUAGGAACUGUCGACUUGAAGGGUAUCCUCCCUCCAGGACCUGCUGCGGGAAGAGCAUCAAGGGUGCUGAGGAUCGAAAGUCAUCCAUUCUUGUCAACGGUUUUCGCAGUUAUCGAGGAGUCGCCAAAGGAUGAAGCUGCUUCGUCGUUACACCUCAUCAGCCUUGAUUUGAGCUUCAUUCCGCAGUCCGGACGGACCUUGCCGCUUGUAGCGAAGAAGGUCUCUCAGCUAGGCUAUUUGCUCAGAUACAUCUCGCAGGUGCGGACGCAAUUGGUCGCCGAGGUCAAAUCCGCAUUCGACCUCCCCGGCAGGUUCCUACGCAACAUCAACGAGUCGCUGGCGGAAGGAGAUGAGAAUGCGGACUUCGUCUUCGCAGCUCAUCAUCUUGCCGUUACCGGGGUUUGCAGUCCGAAAUUGAAGGAGUGGCUGGUUGACGAGCUUCAAGAUAGGGGCAUCAAGCGGUGGGAGAACGCCGUCGCGGACUGUCUGGAGGUAGCUAGGAGGAUGACAAGCGAGUGUCUUCUUCCUGCCGUGGAGAGGAGUUUGGCAUUGUUAUCAAGACUGGAUGGCCUUGCCCGGUUUGGGCCCACGAGUUCGAAGCUUGGACUGGACGAGAAGAACGUGAAGAGGGUGACAGAGACCAUCGAUGCCCUGGGCAUCCUUAGUGAGGAUCUCUUGCUCGAUGUCGUGGCCGAAACAAGAGAAUUCGCGGCGUUCAUCAAAUGGCUGAAAUGGGAGUGCGAAGUUGAGGCGCUGGAGCAAACCAGUGCGAGGGCGGAAGAUAUGAGGGAAACAUGGACGGGAGAGGGUGAGCUGGAGCUGGUAUUAGAUUACGUGGGAGGUGCUAUGAAGGAAAGUCGAUUGAAGAAAUAUCUUGUGGAGGAAGCCAAGGAGCAAGAAGGUGGAUUGGCCGCAUCUUUUGAUGACGAUUCGGAUCUAGGGUCCUACGAUGAGUUCAUCAGAUGCAGAACCAGUUGCAACAAGGACAAGAGCAUGCCUACACUGGGCGAGCUGGUCGACAGAUUACAGAGGCAAUGUGAGGCGGUCUUUGCGAAGAUUGCAGAAACAUUCAGGAAGAGUAUUCUUACGAGCUAUCUGCAGGAGCUCCCUCAUGGGUGUGUUGGUGAGAGCUUGGAUGUCAGGGUCAUCCCCGACGACGCCGAUUCAAGUCUGUACAGGCUCUUUCUGAUAUCCAAGGACCGCCAAGAGAAAGCCCGUCUCCGGCAUGUCGUGGUCGAGCUGCAACAAGGAGCUGGAAAAGGUGUCAAGCACACGAUGCGGUCAAGCUCGCUCGCAAUACCUGAGAUGCAGGAAGUCCUGGAUGCGAAAUUUGUCGACGACGAAGCGCUUCUGGUCCUUGCCGAGACCGCCUCUGGUGCCAAAAUCUACGGAAAAGAGAUUACUAUCGACGGCGAAGGACCUUGGGAGGUCCGGCAUGCUUUCCAAGGGGAGGAGAUAGAUGGUGAUGUGAAACCCGUCAGGCUGGAUGUGAACGGACGGGUUGGGAGAAGAGUGGUCACUGUCCUUGACGAAGGUGGGCUGGGACUUGUAGUCUUGGACUUGGACGCCGAAGACAAUGCUCGCGACGCCACUGACGGAGAAGACGAGGUCAUGACGGGGUGA